UUACUCCAUUAAAUCUCCGUCCAUUCGCCCAUUCUCGCCGGAAUCCGGCCAUCUUUCACUCAAAAUCGAUGGCAGAAACAGUGGCGACGCCCAUCGAGGUGGAGGGAGUGAAGUUUCCGGCCGAGAUCUCGUCGCCGGCGACCUCGAAACCUCUAUUUCUCGGUGGCGCAGGGGCGAGGGGUAUAGAAGUUGGAGGAAAGUUUUUAGCCGUAACCGCGAUCGGAGUGUACUUGGAAGCGGCGGUGAUUCCGGCGAUCGCAGGAAAAUGGACGGGGAAGAAGGCGGAGAAGCUCACUGAUUCGGUUGACUUUUACCGAGACAUUAUUACAGGUUCCUUUGAGAAGCUGACGAGAGUGACGAUGCUGCUGCCAUUAACGGGUCAACAGUACUCCGAGAAGGUCUCCGGGAACUGCGUCGCCGCAUGGAAAGCCGCCGGAGAAUACACAGAGGAAGAAGCAACGGCCAUUAAUAAGUUUCUGGAAAUCUUCAAGCCUAAGAACUUUCUUCCAGGCACCUCCAUCAUCUUCACUCAUUCCCCUCAUGGCUCUCUCACUAUUGGAUUUUUGGAGGGGGAUGGCGUUCCUGUGGCUGAGACUGAUGUGAUAGAGAGCAAGAAGCUGACGAAUGCGGUGUUGGAAUCCAUUAUAGGGGAGAAUGGAGUUUCUCCCGCUGCGAAACAGAGCCUGGCUCGGAGGUUUUCAGAGCUUCUGAAUAAGAAAGAAGACCAAGAAGAAGAAGAUGGGAUUUUGGAUGUGGAGAAAGCCAAGUUAGGGCAAGAUGGAGUCGUUUGAUUUUUUUCUGUAAUUUUACUUCGUUUAUUGCAUCACGCUUUAUGCGGAAUAAUUGAGGUUUGUUUGUUUGAAGAAGGGUUGAGGAAAUUUCAUAAAGAAUUUAUGAUUUGGUUAUAAAGUAGCUUUCACAAGCUAAACUGUCAGUUUGGAAUGGUCUGCAGAAGUAGCUGCUAGAGGAAAAUAGU